UUUAAAAGUAAUAUAAAGUAAACCGCACCAUGGAUAUAUAUAUAUCUAUUACUUAUAGCAGAUAAUUAUAAUAAGCGUCAUGGAAAAAGAGACAAAGCUCCAUAAUUUAAGAAAACUUCAGUCAAGGUGCAAAAUAGACAUACAGUAUUUCAAAUGUUCCUUAAGAGAAGAAUCCACACCGAAUACGUUAAGCCUACCCAAGUCCAUCUCAGCAAACAUACAACGUAGAGAUAUAUGGGAGAUCGAGAGGCAAAUAAUAAAAGCUACAAUAAAAUUCAAAACUAAAAAACUAUUCAUAUUAAAACGACAAAUAAGAAGAUUACAAGGAAAUGCAGAACCAAAUAAAGAAUCUACCGACUGGAAAUACAAAAAAAGAAAAGACCAGAAACUAAAAAAGCUAUUCGGAUACCCAAUGCCAAGUGAAAAAAGAAAAUGGGAAAGUAAGUUAAUAGUUAAUAAGACAAAUAAAACUAUACCAGCAAAUAUAACUAACAUACUAAAACUAGGAUUAGAAUAUAAUAUGCCACUAAACGAUAAAGCAAUUAAUAUAAUAUCCGAAAUUGACAAAGCGGUAAAUCAGAUAAAAAUAGAAAAUAGAAGUAAUUUAAAACAUCAAAUAAAAGAAGACAUAAAGAAACUAAAAAGCAACAAUGAAAUAGGGAAGAUAAUGUUAAGAGAUAGGGGCGGAAAAGAGUAUUCAAAAAAAUGCGCAACACUAAAAAAAUACUUGAAGGAUAAUAACCUUAACAUAAUCAAAGCUGAUAAAACUAAUCAAAUCAUCAUAGUGGAUAAAGAAUGGGAAAAAAAGAAAAAAUCUGAAAUAGUGUUAACGAAUGACUUUGUUGAACUAACAGAAGAACCAAAAGAAGAAAUAAAAAAAUGGAUGAAGAAAGAAAUCACAAAAUUAUAUAAACAAGGAAAGGUAACACCAGCUGAGAAAAAACAGAUACUAAACUAUAACAAUAUCAGAAAACCGCAACUUAAAAUAAGGCUAAAAACACACAAAACAGGAGAUAUAUGCAGGCCGUUAGUAGACUUUAAAAACACAAUACUAUCUAAUUUAGAACUAUUCAUAAAGAAAAAACUUAAAAUAAUACCAUAUUCAGAUUAUUCAAUAAAAAACACUGACGAAUUAAUAAGAAAACUGAUGAGAAUUAAAAUGAAACCGACGUAUAGGCUACUAAGUCUAGACAUAAUCUCUAUGUACCCGUCAAUAAAAUGGGAAUUAAUUGAAAAAAGCCUACGCAACCUAGAAAUACAUAACUGGCUACUGGAGUUAAUAAAAUACAGCUUUAAAAACAAUUAUUUCCAUAUAGAUGAAAAAAUAUAUAGACAAAAAAAUGGUAUUAGCAUGGGGACAAUAAUCGGACCAAAACUGGCAGAAAUAUGCAUGAAAGAAAUAGAUAAAAAACUGGCAAAACUAAACGGAAUAAUAUUUAUGGCUAGAUAUGUGGACGAUAUCAUAGUAAUAUACGACAAUGAAAUAACUAGCGGAAAUAUAAUAUACAACUACGCAAACACGCUAAGCAAUACCAUUAAAAAAUUGAAUUGGAGAUAA